AUGGUGUAUGCUGUGGCUAUAUGGGCCCAAGUGCCGUGGCAACGGCUGCGUCAGCAAUUGCGAUGCCGGUGCAGAAUGUGGAGAGUUGGUGAAGCCAGCAAACAAGACUUGCCCCCUGAAUACAAGGUUGCUCGCAAUAUGGUUUCUGUUGUAACUGUAGGCAUUGCUCACCUACACACCAUUUCGAAAAUUAUUCUGAUUGCUUGCAAGGGUAUCGCGAAAAGUCACUUUGCUGCACCCCUAACCUCGAUGUCCUCGAGACAUUUUAUCGUAGAAGAUACGGGUAAUACUAUCGUAUAUUUCGCCCGUAAACUAUUCUUCACAACACCAUCAGGCACAAAUCGUAAAGGGCCUCCUCAAUCCAUUGCAAUUGAUUUAAUCAUACUGAAGAAAAACGGCAACCCCGUUGGGUAA